AUAUGUGGUUCCUCCCAUUCCUGGCGCUGGUGGCAGCGAUCUUUUCCCUGGGCCUGGUGCUGGAGUUUACCCAACCAGAGGCGAACCAGGAGGUGGGAGCAUGCUUAUAGGGCCUAGUGACCCUCGCUUUUUUGGUGGAAUGGGUGGGGAUCCUCGUUUACCUGGAGGACUGCCGGGUGUUCCACCAGGUGCUCGUUUUGAUCCGUAUGGACCACCAGAUGUUCCUGGCUUUGAGCCAGGUCGUUUUAUCAGGGACCCGAGGAGGCCGGGAGGUGGAAGGCCUCAUCCAGAUCUGCCACAUUUUGGUGGAGAUUCGGACUUCAUAUAGGAGUUAUGACUUUUCUGUUGUGACAGACAACUUUGGUGUUCUUUUUUUUUUGGUCGAAUUCUUCUUUCUCACUGUUUUUGUUUUCCUAAUCUUGUAUAUUGUGGAUUUAGUAUGCCUGAUUGGUCAACGAUGUGUAUAUAAGUCUUGCCAGCUUUAUCUACGUUACAAUUUGGCCAAGAUUCUUGUUAUUUGGUUUUGUUCAUAUUCUCACUGCUUUUCGUGGUGUUGUGACAUUCCUUUUUGUCAA